AUGGCCUCCACAAAUCUCCCCUUGACCACAGCCAUCGACUACGCUGACCGCACUCAUGGCGACGUCUCUUCGGCGAAGUCAAAAAAGGAAUCGACUUACGCCUCCAAAAUAUCUGAAUUCAGCGGCAUAGUCUCGGCUACCCGUGAAGCCUUCAUCCAACGCGUAGAUUCAGAGGAAGAAUCAAUCCUCGAGAACUCCGAGUUCAAGCUUCCAGGCAGGAGAUCCUUGUUCAUAAUCAUCGCAGGGAAUGCCUUGUUCCAGACUACCUUCUUCAUCGUCGUCUCUUCCGCCAGUGCCUAUGCGGAAUACUUGGGAGGAUCACCCACGUUCGCUGGUUUGACCAUCGGUGUCCCGGCACUGUGCUCUGGACUCGCCCUCCUAGUUAUCACCAGAGUGGAUGGAGGACGCUAUGAUGGACCAUUGAAUCUAUCCUACGCUGCCAUGAUCCUCGGCAACGUCCUCUACGCCCUUGCAUAUCGAGCGAACUGGCUAUACUUGAUCUUAAUCGGUCGUAUAGUGUCAGGUUUCGGCUUCACAUGUUUCCUAUACAGCAAACGAUACUGCUCCGACCCCCGUAUUGUAGGUAUCCGCCGGCGAACGACACUCGCAAGCUGGUUAGUCGUGGGCCAAGGAAUCGGUUUCGCCGCCGGCCCUUUCUUCGGAGGCCUGCUUUACAAGAUCGGUUUCUCGAACCCCAUAUUCAACGGCGUCACGAGUCCCGGAUGGGUCAUGGACCGUCGUGACGUCGGUCCACAUUCCCGCGAACAAGCUAUCGAGAUGACAGACGAGCAGCAGCCAGCGACAACAUACCAAAUCACCCGGGAACAAUGGGGUGUUAUUAUCUGCAUGUGCUACUAUUCCAUGACAUGCUUUUUCAUGCUUGGAAGUUGGGAAUCAAACAUCCCCGUCUUCACCGCCGAAGCGCUCGGCUAUUCCCCAUACCGCGCGGGAAAUUUCAUUGCCCUGGGCGGCAUUUGCUCCUUUCCUUUCCUUCUCUUCAACGUCUGGUACGCUCGACGCGUGCAGGACCGUGUCACCCUUGCGUUCGGGACGACGCUCGGCUUCAUCGGUCUUCUCAUCAUGCUCGCCAUUCUCCACACAGACAAAGUCACGUUCGGCUCCCUCUUCGUCUGCUGGUUCCUCAUCGCGCUGGGGUUCAACCUCGCCAGCACAUGUACCCUCAGCUUGCUCUCAAAGCAACUUCCAGAUGGUUGGAAUAGCCGCACGAGCAUGGCUAUUCAAUACAGCAACUACGUCGGACGGGUUACCGGUGCCAUUCUUGGAGGGGCAGGUGUGAAAAUAGGCAUGGUAAACUAUGUUGGGAUUCAGCUCGCUGUUGUCGGCAUGGGAGGGGUGAUGUACCUUACAUUAUGGAGGCAACUGAAGGCGAAGACUGGCUAA